AACCAGUUCAGGAAUAAAAAACAAACCUCUUGUUUCUUUACACCAUGGUUCGGAAUGUAUGUUGAAACAUCUAUCUGUCUCAGGCACGUUUUCCGUGCAUGAAUAUCAUAUGGCAGAGCCUCUUCCAAUAUAGCUAUAUUUCGGUGAAUCUACCGCUGCCCGCCACGUACAAGUCGCGUUCUGUAUUCUGUGCCGUAUGCAUAUUUCGCUGAGAUAACAUAGAUCACACGUGAGAGGACAGGUCUAGUGCAUUUUACAUGAUUUUAUUUUUUAAAAAAUGGCCCUUUUUAAUACCAAACUACUUAUAUGUGCGGCCGGCAUAUUUGUGUGUUAUUUCUACUUUGGUAUGUUGCAAGAGAAAAUCACACGUGGACAAUACGGCGACGGAGAAAAUCGAGAGAAAUUCACAUAUAUGUUUGCAUUGGUUUUCACCCAGUGUUUAGUGAAUUACAUAUUUGCUAAAACAAUUUUACUAACAGUAAUGAAGCAAGGCGAAGAUACCACAUCGACUUGGUAUUAUUCAUUAUCUGCCUUGACAUAUCUUCUUGCCAUGGUAUGCAGUAACAUGGCAUUGCAAUUUGUCAGUUAUCCAACACAGGUGAUUGGUAAAGCUGGCAAACCUAUUCCUGUUAUGAUACUUGGUGUACUAUUGGGAAAAAAGGUAUAUCCAGUUAGAAAAUAUAUAUUUAUUUUCUUGAUUGUCAUUGGAGUUGCAUUAUUUAUGUAUAAGGAUGGUAAUAUCUCCAAAAAACAAACAGAGUCACAAUUAUCAGUUGGAGAAUUAUUGUUACUAUUAUCAUUGACAAUGGAUGGAUUAACAAGUGCAAUACAAGAACGAAUGAGAGCAGAAUAUAAUUCAAAGUCAGGUCAUAUGAUGCUUAAUAUGAAUCUCUGGUCUGUUAUCUUUAGUAGCAUAGUAAUUCUUGGUUCUGGAGAACUUAUGGAAUUUAUUUAUUUUUUACAACGGUAUCCAUCUGUUAUCUGGCAUAUAAUGACAUUUUCCAUAGCUGGGGCAUUUGGACAAUAUUUUAUAUUUCUAACAGUAGCUGAAUUCGGUCCAUUGCCAUGUUCAAUUAUAACUACUACUAGAAAAUUUUUUACUGUUUUAGGCUCUAUAUUAAUUUUUGGCAAUAAUCUUUCUUCUAGACAAUGGUUGAGUACAUGUAUAGUAUUUUCAGGUUUAUUUUUAGAUGCUAUGUAUGGUAAAGAUAAAAAUAAGAAAGAGACCGUGAAAUAAGAAUAAUAUGAUUAUCUCAUUAUUUAAGUGAUAGAAAUCUUUUGAUUUAUAUAUAUAUAUAUAUUUUUUAUUGUUUAAGUUGUAUCGCCAUAAAAGUAAUUUACAAUUUACUAUGAAAUUAUCAGGAUUUAUAUCAGGAUCUCUAAUUUAAAUAUAAAUUGAUAAAGAUAUUAGAUUUUUGAAAUUAAAAAAGACAAGUAUUAAUAAUAUGAAAGAAAGAAAGUCUCUGAAUGAGAAAAUCAUUUUCUAAGUUAGUCAUAAAGUUAAUUCAUAAUCAAAAAUAUUUGAAAAUAUUUUUGGUUAUAAAAAAGAAUAUUUGAAAAUAUUCUUUUUUUAGUGCGUUGGUUUCAUCAACAAUUCUAGGAACAAUUUUAAUAAUUAAUGGAUUAUCAAGACUUCUAGUCUUCCUAUAUAUAGCAUAAUAUGAAAAAUGCCAAAAA